CACCUGAUCGAAGCUCCAAAGAGUUCUUGUGGUGGUGAAGCUAUUUUCGAUCGAAAUACAGAAAAUUGUAGUGGCUAUAAUUGCAUGAUGGAAAUUGAAAUUCCAAAGGCCACCUGAAAAAAACUGAAAAAUUCCAGCCCCCAAUUUACAGCUCAAGUCCCUGAAAUGGAAACCAGCAGCCAUAGAUUUUUCCUCUCAAAGGAAUAAAAUCAUGGCCGCGAACUUCGUUAUUGCGUUUCAUUACCCAAAUCCACACUCUUCUUCUUCAAAUCUGCUGCAGAAAAAAACGCCCCUUUCAAAGAUUCAUUCUCUCCGUUCAUAUUCUUCGAGAAAAUUCGCUGUUUCAGAGGGAGCCGAGGGUAGAGUUAAAGAAGAGGAACUCCCUCUCACUUCGUCUUCUUCUGGAUCAUCAUCUUCCUCUGCACGCUCACAACUUGAUCUCUUGGAGCAACUCACUUCUGGUAGCCAAUUAAUUGAUGGUUAUGAGAGUGACGGCAGUUACCAGAGAAUUACAAUUCGUGAGCAGCUUGCACAAUUAUUCAGAGACAGAGACGACGAUUUUACCAUUCCAUUGGGUAAGAACUUGAAGAAGCUUUACAAAGCAUGGAGGAAAUGAGGCUGCACACCAGAUGGCUAAACUCGCGAUAGAGACAAAGAGGCUUCAGAUAUGGCUUGAAGAUUGCAAUUGAAAAGUGUCUGAAGCCUUAAUGAAAGACUGUUUAUCUUCCUCUUUGUAAUUUUUUUGUGACAUUAUCUAAAAAAAAUUGUUUUUCCUUAAGUUAUUUUUUCAAUAUUCGUGAGUAUUGGGGGUCAUUUUAUGCCUACCUCGAUUGAUCUGACAAGACAACUACUUGACCUUAUUAUGUUUGAUUGCCAAAAAAAGUUAAAAAGUUAUUAAUUCCUAGGUAGGUGGCCACAUAGUUCAAACAUAUUCUCUCUAAUGUCUUUACUCUUUUUAUUGGUCUCAAUGACUACUCGGUCGACCCAUGGUGGUCCUAAAUUUGUUCUUAGAUGACCUAUUUUUACAACAACCAAUAUUCUUCUUCCUUCCAAAAUUCUAGGCUCUCGUACAUGAUAACACAAAGAUUUAUAAGCUUCUCAAUCAUAAUCUUAAAAACAGUUCCAAAAAUAGUACAAGAAGCUAUUCUGAAAACAACCUAGAUAACUUUUUCUAAUAACCUAUCGUUGCAUAUAUGAAGAAGUAUGAAAAUUUACCUCUUU